CGGGAAGCCGCUGCGACUCCACCACUCCUCUGCGAGUUCUAAAGCCGCGCCCCUUUCCCAGAGACUGAGCGUUGUAGCCACUCUAAGAUCAAAGCAGCGCGCGCGCUCCUUGCUACUCUGGUGAAUCUAAUCCCGCCUUCCUGGACCGAGGCGAUGUCCACGAGUCUCUAGGGAGGCAGGCCCCUUCUCCUUCCUCUCUCUCCCCGCCCCAUGUCCGACGUUCUGCGUCUGUCUGUCUUCUUUGCCCACCCAUUCCCUCACGUGCUGCGCUCUAACCCGGAGUUACAAGAUAAUUAGAACCCGCCCCCCCCACUUUUUUUCUUUCUUCUUUUUUUUAGGGCUUCUUGGCGCUCACAUUCUCGCGCGCCUGCCCGGAGACUGGAGGAGUGGUAGUUGUAGAGGAGUUGGGGAUGGCGGCUGUUUUGGAGCUGUUGCUGCGGGACGAGGUGGCAGCUAGCGCCGUGAUGUGGUGGCUGAAGGCAAGCCAGAGCCCCUGCCCCAUGGAGGAAAGCCAAGUCCAUCCUAAGCUGGCCCUCCUGAACUUGCUUCAGAAAGACUUUGUGCCUUUUUUGCUGAAUUACUUAAGAGAACAGACUAGUCGGAUAUUGACCAACGGACCACCUACCCCUGCUAAAGCACCAAACUCCAAGCUCCUUGGGAGUUCUGGUAGUUAUAGGAACCAAAGGCUGGGCUCUGAAAGGAGGUCUCGUAGCAUAGCAGGAUCCAGUAGCAGUCGAGGGCAGCUUUUUUGUGAUGCAACUCCUGCCAGUUUGCACACCCCUAUUACUGAUAUUUCUGCUUUGGAAUCGCAUGGAUCAAACUUACUGAGUUCAUGCAGUGAUUGCCUAACUACAGAUUCCAGCACUAGCCCAAGUUUCGGUUCAAGUCCCAUUUUUUCUCGCAGUGAGAGGCGCUCUGCUCGGAAAAUAAAUUUAGGGAGUUUUCUUGUUGCUGCCCCAGUGAGGCGUGGCAGAAGAAAAGGCAACAGUUCUGCUUCUGGCAGGCCAGUGGCACAAGACCUGGGAAGAGGAGUGGAUGAAGACAUAAAGGGCGACAAUCCAUCACUGGGUUCAUCAAGGCAGAGGAAGCAGAGUGAAGUGAGUCCUGUGUCUACCAGUUGCCCAUCUGACCACCUUAACCUAAAUGACUUGGAGGAGUUCCCACUCAUGAGUGCUGCUGGAAUGAGAAACAAAGCCAAACCAUCAAGAAGAAUCAACCCUACUCCAGUGAGUACUGAGCGAAUCUUCUCCAAGCCCAAGAUGUGCUUCACCUCCACUCCUGUUGACAAGUCUCAAGCGUUUCAGUCUGGAACCAGUCCUGAGGCCUUUGUUAUCUCUAAGGAAGUGAAGAUGACUUCUGUUCCAGGAAGCCUUCAGGAGGAGAGAGAGAUGCUGAAGAAGGAACGAACCAAGUUGUUGCACGACACAUCUUCUUCAACAGGAUUACCUCUGGAUUCUGGCACACCAGUCAAGUUUAAUGUUGGUCAGAAUGCAAGUCUCCUUGCUGAAAACCAGUUGGUAACCUCUGCAGAUGUCAGAAAGGUUUCCUGCAGAAAACAGCUGGAAAAGCUGGCUCAGCUUUAUUCAUUUUGCAUAGCAGAAAAUCUGGUGCCAAAUAUCUUUCUGGAGGUUUUUUUUAUGUUCCAGCUGCUAACAUCCAAGGGAACUUCUUCUUUGGAAGAUGGAGAGAGUGAUGUGGAUUUCACUGGAGAGUAUAAAGAGUUUGCACUAGAGAGGCAACACUUUCGAAGUGUACACAACUGUGUCUAUUUUGCUGUGCAAGUUUUGGAUUAUCAGUUUCAAAUUAUAUCUCAUUUAGAGAAAGGGACGCUGAAGCUCUUGGCUGAGAGUGACAGGAUUACAUCCUUUUCUCCUGACUUGCGUGAGAGACUUGUAGCAGCCUAUGAAAACAGCACAGCAAAGGUUUCCUUGUUGCUGCCUUCAGGUGUGCAAUCAGUUUCCUUUCAGCCAGAAACUGACAAUCGGUCCAACUUUUCCAGUGAUAAGGCAUUUCACGUGUUUAAGAAACAAAGAGAUAUUUUCUAUGAGUUGCUACGUGAAUGGGAAGACAAUUCUGAAAAAACAGGCUGGGAUUUUGAAAAGUGUCUGGGAGACAGGAUCAGGGUUAUGAUGGCUCAUCUUUCUGCAGCUUGUAACUACAGCCACUUUGCCAGGCUGUUUCAGAAACAGCUUCUUCAGAUGUGUAAAGGUCCAGCUAGUGGUGGCACAAGUUGGGGAGAUGCUCCAGACCAGGAUGUUCUUAACAUGCUGGGUUCAGAUAAUCUGAGCCGAUUGAAAAGGCUGAAAGAAAGAUUCCUUGUCCCUCAGAGCAUCAGAGGGCCUUGUCCACCUCCUUCCUUCCCUGGAUGCCAGCAGUUCUUCAAGGACUUCAUCCUCAGUGCUGCAAGCUAUCAAUUUAAUCAGCACCUUAUGGACAGCCUGUGCCUGCAAAUAAUUGAGCUAGAUGGCCUUGCGUUGGUGGAACAUGAACCCAGUGAUGGAGAAGCAAUGGAUGAACAGGAUGAAAAGAAGCGUUUUGCUGCAGUUCUUAUGAGCCUCCGACUCCUGGCAAAAUUUUUUGGUUUCCUUGUCUUCCUGCCUUAUCACACAUCAGAACCAGCAAUUGGAGACUUGCUGGAGUCUGCAGUGAUGUUAAGAAACCAAACCCUUCCUGUGCUGGAUAUAUUGAAGCUGCUGAGGCAAUCUAUAAAGAAACGAUGCACGGUCUUGACUGUGCCUUGGGUUGUAGAGUUCCUUUCCCUUAUGGAUUAUAUUGCCCCAUAUCUGGAUUACUAUGGGAAGAUAUUUACUCUCCUCUUGCAGCUAUACAGAUACCUGCUACUUUCUGAAAAUAAAGAGAUGUGUUUCCUGAAUAAGCUACUGAUCCUUGCAGUUUUGGGAUGGCUUUUUCAUGUGCCUACUGUCCCAGAAAAUUUAUUCUUUGCUGCCCAAGCAAGACCAGAAGGAUUGACCACAGACUCUGGAAUGACAGUUCAAGCUCUGGAUUCUGUGCCUUUGGUGGAUCAGCAGUUACUUUAUACCUGUUGUCCAUAUCUUGGUGAGUUGAGGAAACUACUGUCCUCUUUUGUGUUGGGAAGCGGAGGGAAGAAUGGUGGCUAUGUAAGAAAAAUAACCCCGACUGCUGCAGAGGCCUUGGCCCCGAAGCCUUCCAUCACUCAGCAGAAGCUUCAGGCAGAGCUGCAGCAAGCCUUCUUCCACAAUCAGCCCCCAUCUUUGCGGAGAACCGUAGAAUUUGUGGCAGAAAGAAUUGGAUCGAACUGUGUCAAGCACAUCAAGGCAACUUUGGUAGCAGAGUUAGUGAAAAGAGCUGGGGUCAUAUUACAUGAAAAAGUGAAGGCAGAAGAUGCCAAUUUUGACAGACUUCUGGAUGAAGUGUGCCCUCAGCUGUAUGAAGAAGGGGCACAGGCUCUUACACAAGGCAAAGAAUUUUGCAGGAAAAAGGCCCCUGAGGCUGUGAAAAUGCUGCUGCCGGAAGAAACAUCUGCAGCAGUUUUGAGCUGUGCAGCGAAUAUUGCAGUGGAACUAGCUACUGAGAAGGCCUGUACUUGGCUCACCACCAAUAUCUCAGCCUUGAUUAAGAAAGAAGUAAAAGCCACCUUCGGUCGCAUGCUGAAAAUUCAGGUGCCUUCUCUGUCCAGUACCAGUGAUGGUACACAGAAGAAGAGCUGCCCCCCCCACUGCCCGCAUCGGACUGCCUUCCCCUCUCAGAUCAUCAAUGAAAUCAAGGAAGUGCUUUGCCUUGCUGUGGGCCCAAGGGACCAAGAUGAAGAAAUCCAGUUUGUCGAUUUGGAAAGUUUGUUGGGAAGGCUGAGCCAGACACUUCGAUGCAGAAAGUUCCUAUGCCCAACAUCAGAGCAACAACUGGCUAAGUGCACUGUAGAGCUGGCUUCCCUCCUAGUUUCAGAUUGUGUUCCUAUCCAUGGGCUGACCUUUCAAUCCCCAAAGAAGCAGGAGCAGCAGCAAGCAGCAAAGAGCCACGUCAUCUCUAGCCUUCUGAAAUCUCUGCUCUCCAUCUGGAAAGAAGACUUUCAGGCACCUGUACCAUUACAGCUGAUCUUCAGUAACAAAAACAUUGCCUACCUUGCAGAGAACAAACAGCAUCAGUGGGAUUUGUUCUUAUUCAUGCUUCAUGGUCUUGUUGAACAUGGCUUAAUGGCUGAUAUAGAGGUACAACGCUGUUUGCAUGACCUCCAGAAACUCCCAUGGCCUUCAGAUUUCUCCAAAGAACUUGAAGCACUGUUACAAAUAUUUAGUUCUGAUGAUUGCGUUAAAGAACCAAAGACUCUGCCUUGUGAAUUGGUGGAACAGUCUAGAGGCACAGUGGCAGCACAAAGCUAGCACAAGCCUGAUGCUUAAAACUUGCUGACACGGUUCAUUAAUUCCCUAGCUGUGGUUGCACUUGGGCAUUAUGGGGGAGUUCCAUCCUUGUCCUCUGCAAAUAAUGUCCAGAUAUUACAAGGGGAAACUACAGUUUCAAAAGGAGCCAUUGUUAAGCAUCUUAAUUGAAAUCACAGGACCAGCUCUGUUUGUGUGUGAGAGAUAUGGGUUUUAGUCCUCGAGUGGUGAUGGGGAUCCUGUGGCCCUGCAGAUAUUGUUGGACUUCAAGUUUGAUCACUCCCAGCCAGCAUGAUCAAUGGACAGGAUGAUGGUAGUCCAGCAACAUCUGGAGGACCACAGGAUCUCCAUCUUUAGAAGAGAAACUGAAAUCAGAACAGAUGUGUAACAGCUGGCAGGAUAGAUUCUUAAGCAUCUAAGGAUUCCUACUUGGAAAAUUCUGUCUUCUAGUAAAGUUCAUGAGUGGCCUUCAGAGACAAGAUAUUUAUCAAGAACUCAUCUGUUACCUCCUUUUAAAAGGUCAAAUCAUGUCUUUAAAUAUAACUGUUACUCAACUAUCAAGCAUUGGCUUGGAGGUUUUUUAAAAAAUUAGUGUUUGCCCCUUCCAUAAAGUAGCUUUUAGUAUAUUUGAUUUUCUAAUAAGGAAAGAAGUUUUACUUUUAUUAGGACAGUAUUAAGUAGCAGCAUUUAAAAACUUUUCUUAAAUAUGGAACUGCAGAGCUGAAAACUAGUUCCCCACCCCAAAGCCCUGAGAUGGCAUCUCCAAUAUGUUUUAAUAUGACAAUCCCUUCCCAGGUGUGCUCUAGAACUUUUCCUAUUCAAGGACUUCUGAAGUUCUUUGGUGCUCAGCCCCACUUUCCUGAACCCUCUCCUGUUUCUUUGUUCUUCAGACACAUUUUUCUUUAGGAAUCCUGCUUGCUUUUUAUUUUAUUAAAAAAAAGAGGUUAAUAGAAUGAAUGUAUGUGCCCCAAGUAGUCUUUCUUUAGCAUUUCUAAGUGAGGUAACCUUCAGUAUAACUCAUCAAUUUAGUCUGUUUGAAUGUUACUGAUUUUCCACAGGAGGACUGCCAUCAAGCGGGUAACAUAGCUCCACCUAU